AUGAGUUUCAGUGUGAAGAGCGAAGAAGACAAAGGUCCAAAUGAAGAGAGUGAAGCAGCGAAACCUUCAAGCGGCGGCUCACUUCAACAACUGACAACAAAUGGAGAGGGACGAUCACAACCGGACGGCCUGUUAGCUCCGCUUUCGGACAGCGACGACGUAACGUCACACUCUUCUGACUUUAACACUGAUGAUGAUGACUUUGGCCAAAAUGCUUCGAAAUCCUUAAAAAACUCAUCAUUGAGAAGAGACGCAAAAGAAUGUCCAUGUGGAAAACCGUUUGCCUGCGCACUCUGCGACAAAAGAUUUUCCCAGAAGACUGAUUUAGAAAAGCAUCAGCGUAUACACACUGGAGAAAAGCCUUUUGUCUGCACAUGUUGUGGUAAAAGAUUCACCCAGAAGGGAAAUUUAAGCAAACACACAAGCACACACACUGGAGAGACUCCUUUCGCCUGCUGCUUUUGUGAGAAAAGAUUUCGAUGGAAGUCUCAGUUGACAAAACACAUGUGUACACACCCUGGAGAGAAGUCUUUUGCCUGCUCACUUUGUGAUGAAAGAUUUCCCCAGAAGACUGAUUUAGAAAAGCAUCAGCGUACACACACUAGAAAAAAACCUUUUGCCUGCACACUUUGCGACAAAAGAUUUUCAAAGAAGACUGAGUUAGAAAAACAUAAGCGUAUACACACUGGAGAAAAGCCUUUUGUCUGCACGUGUUGUGGUAAAAGAUUCACUGAGAGGGGAAAUUUAAACAAACACACAAGCACACACACUGGAGAGAAGCCUUUCGCCUGCACACUUUGCGACAAGAGAUUUUCUCAGAAAAUUCAGUUAGAAAGACACACGCGUAUACACACUGGAGAAAAGCCUUUUGUCUGCACAUUUUGUGGUAAAAGAUUCACACAGAAGGGAAAUUUAACCAAACACACAAGCACACACACCGGAGAGAAGCCUUUUGCCUGCUCACAUUGUGAUGAAAAAUUUUCUCAGAAGACUCAUUUGGAAAAGCAUCAGCGUACACACACUAGAGAAAAGCCUUUUCUCUGCACAUGUUGUGGUAAACCAUUCACCAAGAAGGGAAAAUUGAACAAGCACACGGGAGAGAGACCUUUUGCCUGCACACUUUGCAAAAAAAGACUUUUAAAGAAAUCUGAGUUAGAAAAGCAUCAAGGCUGGAAUACACCAGGCGUGUCUGUGGUGCGUCAGCGUUGCCGCCGCGUCGACGCAGUGAAACGCGGCCGUUAA